AUGGUGAGCACAGCCAACUACCUGUGGUCACUGGAAGAUGUGCUUGGGCAGGGGACCACUGCCAGAAUCUAUAAGGCCCGCAACAAGAUGACAGGGCAGCAGGUUGCGGGGAAGGUGUUUAAACUGAUGAGCUACAGUCGUCCGUACGAGGUUCAGAUAAGAGAGUUCGAGAUGCUCAGGAGACUCAACCACAACAACAUCGUCAAGCUCUUCUCCGUGGAGGAGCUGAGGAGUAAACAGAGGGUGUUGGUGAUGGAGUAUUGUUCAGGAGGCAGUCUGCUGGUGGAGCCAGAGAACGCCUUCGGUCUACCAGAACCAGAGCUCCUCAUAGUACUACAUUGUGUGGGUCAGUGUGGGUGGAGGCGAAGAGAGGUUAGGAGCCGGGGGAUGAGAAGGUGUGCCCCCCCCCCCAAUCAUUUGGAUGAACCAUUCGUCCUAUUUCUUCUAGUGCACGGGAUGAACCAUCUGCGUGAGAACAGGGUGGUGCAUCGGGAUAUUAAGCCUGGGAACAUCAUUCGUCAGGUGGGAGAGGACGGGAGGUCCAUCUAUAAGCUAACAGAAUUUGGAGCGGCCAGAGAACUAGAGGACGAUGAGAAGUUUGUCUCCCUCUACGGGACAGAGGAAUACGUGGUGAGAGAGAGAGAGGGGUGGUGGAGGAGAGAAAACGGGGAGGCUACAGGGAGAAGAGGGGAAAGGUAAACGACAGCUUAGUUUAUUAGGAUCCCCAUUAGCUACUGCACAUGCUGCAGCUACUCUUCCUGUGGUCCACAUAAAAUGUACAAGUACAUGACAAAGUACAGGGCUGUUAUAGACAAGAACAACGGGACGGAGAGGAGAGAUUACUUCGAAUGUUGUCUCAGACCUGUCUGAGCGUGCAGUGUUUCCUAAGCCUCAGCAGAUAACAUAAGGUAGGGCUAGUUAUAGUAUUUAGCGUGUGUGUGUGUGUGUGUGUGUGUGUGGCACUCAGACAUAUAUGAGUGUGCAGUGCUGCGGAAACCCCAGCAGAAGGCCUAUGGUGUGAGUGUUGACCUGUGGAGUAUUGGAGUGACGUUUUACCACGCUGCCGCCAGUACUUCACCCUUCACACCCUACGGAGGACCCCGCAAGAACAAGCCCACCAUGUGAGUCUGUGUGUGUUGUGUGUUUCAUAGCUCCAACAGUUGGUGUGUGUGUAAUUACGAUGGGCAACCUGGAAUUACAUUGAAAUGAACAAGUUAUUGCCAUUUUAUUGAUUUGGGAUUCAUCAAAACACAACACCAGAUGAAACAGGACAGGACAAUAAAACGCUGGUGUCUUCCUUCUCCUCUGCUCCCACUCUCCCCCUGUCGGUGCCGUGCAGGUAUAAGGUCACCACAGAGAAGCCGGUUGGGGCCAUUGCUGGAGUCUAGAGGGUUGACGACGGCCCUAUAGAGUGGAGUUACCGCCUGCCACAGAGCUGCCAGCUCUCAGUCAGUACCUCUCACUCUUCCACUUCUUCUCCCCCUCCCCUCUGUGUGUAGGGGUCUGAGUGGUCAACUGGUGCCAGUGUUAGCUGGGAUACUGGAGGCAGACCAGGAGAAGUGUUGGGCAUUUGGCCAGUUAUUUUUUGCCACCACAGAGAUACUACAGAGAGUCUCAGUCCAUCUGUUCUGCCUGCAACAGGCCGCAGCUCACCGCAUAUACAUUCACCACCAC